AUGAAGUUCACCACCCUCACCACCCUCGCCACCACCGCCCUCCUCACCACCGCCAAAGCCGACAUCUGGAUCUACGAAGGCACCGACCUCGGCAGCGGCGGUGAGGUCCUCUGGCUGUUCUUCCCCGGCUUCCCCCCCCCCCACAGCUGCGAAGACGUCAAGAAUACCCGGCUCAUUCUCCAAAAGUGGGACGUGAGCGAGAUCGAGGGUGUUGUUUGCGAUGGGGAUGGGUGCUAUAAUGGGAAUAUCUCGAGCGGUUGGAGUUUGAUGUUGAUGUUGGUCAUUUCACUAUUUAUAAGAAUCGGGACUGGAACUUGGUUGGGCUUGAAAGAUAAGGUUUGGGGCCACUGUCGACCGACGGAGGAGGAUGAGUAUGAUUGCCCGGCGCAGUAUCUUUCUGCCGGGCAGUUGAAGUUUAAUUGUGAGACGGAUGUUUUCCCUUGA